AAAUACCUACUACAGUUUGCCGCCACUUCUGUUGAUGUACACUCAGUCCAAAGGCGACAUUGUUUGACUGAACCAAAUAAUACGUACAAAAACAGCUUUGUACAAAGUAUUUUAUUAAAUUGUAAUAAUUUGUUUUUAUUGUUUUCAAAUAUAAACAUUUUUUUAAAUGGCUGAAAUUUCGGGCAAGAGAAAAGCACGUGAUAUGAAUGGCAGCAAUGCUAGUGACCACGAUGAACCACUUAUCAAGGCAAAGAAAACCAAUGACCAAAGAAGACGCUCGUCCUUUAUUAGAGAUAGACUGCCACAACCGGAGCCCCUAGUGAAAUUUGGCAAUUUGUUAAGCUGCGGUCAAAAUGAAGUCGGUCAACUUGGAUUUAAUGACGAUAUCAUCGAAAAAACACGUCCGGCUCUUGUUGUCGAUAGUUCGACAUCGCAAAUAGUUGAUAUCUCAGCGGGUGGAAUGCAUAGUUUGUAUUUAACAGCUCAGGGUGAAGUUUGGUCAUUUGGCUGUAACGACGAAGGCGCACUUGGCCGCGAUACCACCGAAGAAGGAUCAGAAUACGAAGCACAAAAAGUCACGUUGCCAAACACAUGUGUUCGUAUUACAGCUGGCGAUUCACAUUCAGCGUUUUUGUUGAAGGAUGGCCGUGUGUUUGCAUGCGGCUCAUUUCGUGAUUCACACGGAACAAUGGGACUUAAUAUAAAAGGAAAACAACAAUUCCCUAUUGAAGUUGUACCGGGCGAAGAAUUUGUCGACAUCAAAUCCGGUGCCGAUCAUUUGGUGAUGUUAUCUAGCCGUGGAAAAGUAUUCAGCGUUGGUUGCGCCGAACAAGGACAGCUUGGUCGCGUUAGCAAUCGAUCCUCUUCGGGUGAAACCAGACGGGGUAAGACACAGCUUCUCCAACCAGGGCUCAUAAUAACCAAUCGUUUCAGCUUUGUAGACGCUAUUUGGACUACGACAUAUUGCACAUUUGUACGCAAUCGAUCAAAUGGAUCUGUUUUUGGUUUCGGUUUGAAUAACUACAACCAAUUGGGACUUACGAAGAAGAAUUCCGAAACAGUUUUUGCACCACAGCUGACAACAUUCGAGAAUGUCAAAAUGAUCACAGGUGGACAACAUCACACAUUACUUUUGACAAAUGACAACAAACCUUACGCAAUCGGCCGGAAAGAUUAUGGGCGCUUGGGUUUAGGUAACAUCGAAGAGGAAGUCGAUAAAUUAACACCAAUCAAUGCACUUGGGGAUAUAAAUGUUGUACAAUUGGAAUGUGGAGAGUGUUGUUCGUUUGCACUCACAGAGGAUGGAAAAGCGUACAGUUGGGGCAUGGGAUCGAAUCAACAGCUCGGGAUCGGAUCAGAUGAAGAUCAAUUUAAUCCCGUAUUGUUAACCGGUGUUCAAGUUAAAGACAAAAAUGUGAUUCGUAUCUCAUCGGGUGGGCAACAUACUUUGUGCAUUGCAGCUGAAAAGAAAACCCAAACUUCUAACGGAGUCCACCAAGAUAGCGAGAAGCCAAAAGCCAAUGGCACAAAAUAAGAAGAUAAUGUCAUUUUAUCUUUAACCAAAAAACAAUAACUAAUAAAAACAUUUUAACCAAUUUCCCAUUCAGAUCUCGCACAUACGAAAAAACAUGUCAUCAUUUCCAUAAAAGAAAA